GUUGUUGUUUUUGAAAUGACAUCUAUUAGACAAGAAUGCAAAUGUGUCCCUGCCUGUGAAAACCAGGCUAAAGUCUAAUAUAAAAUAUAAUUCUGAGAUAACAAGCAAUAAAGUUUGAUUCCAACCAUUUACCAGAUCUUUAACAUGGCUUUACUCAGUAUUAACAAUAAAUAUUUGAUGUAGUAAAUCACCAGAGAAUGACUUAAGCUGGGUUUUUAAAGGCAGAGUCACAUAUCUUCUGUUUAAUUUUCUUUGUGUUAGCUGGUUUACUGUUUCCUGUGAGUUAACUUAAAAAAUGAUUGAUUACAGAUAAAAAUGUCAUAUCAAGACGAACAGAAACUGCAUGAGGACGACCAAGACGAACAGAAACUGCAUGAGGACAACGAACUGAAGAGGGAUACGGACAUCCCUAAUUUUGCCCAGGAAGUUGUUAUAGAGGAGCAGUCGAACUACAGCAACGAGCAAUCAAGCGAUCUUGCGGAUUGCAAUGACCCUGUUUACAUUCCUUCACCAGAAGAGUCUACUGAUGAUGAUGACGAUCUUGAUUCAGGAGAGUCAGAGAAUGGAAAGACCUUUCGAAAGACUAUUAAAGACAAAAAGUUUCAUACUGCUGAUGAAGGCAAGAAGGCAAAGCGAAGUCCAAGAAAAAUGACAAUCAAAACGAGUGAGCGAAAUCCUGAUGGCAAACGUAUUUGGAACAAAAAACAAUACUGUGUCUACUGUGAAAUGUCACAGAGCAAGAUCGCUAGACAUCUUGAGCGAAAACACUUAAAUGAAACCGAAGUUGCCAAAGCCUUGAGCUUUCCCAAAGGGUCAAAGAAAAGGAGAGAUCUUCUUGAACAGAUUCGGAACCAGGGGAAUUACUAUCAUAAUCUUAAAGUUUUGGAAACUGGAAGGGGGGAGAUUAUUACAUGGCGACAGCCAACUGCUGAUGCAGUCAUUUCAGAUUUUCUUCCCUGCCCAGAUUGUCUGGCCUUCUUCAAAAAAAAAGACUUGUGGAAACACUCGAAGAUGUGUAGAGGACAGGGGGAUGUGAGAAAAAACAAAGGUGAGAGAGUGAGAUCAGUUGCAGCCUGUAUGAUACCAAUGAAAGCAAAGUGCUCUGCUGGUAUUAGAUCUUUACUGCAAAGUAUGCGCCAAGAUGAAAUCACCCAAACAAUAAUGGAUGACAGUUUGAUUUGCCUCUUUGGUGAAUCCCUGUAUACAAAGUGUGGUCAUGACAAGACACAACAUCAGUACAUCAUUCAAAAAAUGAGGGAGCUGGCAAGGUUUAUCAUUGAAGUAAAGUCCAAAUCAAAAAAAGUGAGGAACCUUACAGAGCUGUGUAAUCCUGAGAACUUUCUCCUUGCCGUCACUGCUUGCAAAGCUGUGAGUAAUUAUCAACCAGAUUUAAAUAUGUUCAAAACACCUUCACUUGCUCUGAAGAUCGGAUACUCUUUAAAAAAAGCAUGUCAUCUUAAAUUAGGCCAAAGUUUAAUGGCAGGGGACGGAGAAACGGAGAAAAAGAUGAAAAACUUCAUCAAGUUAAUUGACACCCACUGGCGUACAAAUAUUUCAAGUCAGGCCCUCAGCACUUUGCAGCAGAUCAAAUGGAACAAGGGUGACACUAUCCCCCUUACGGAAGAUGUGACUGUUUUACAAAAGCACCUCAAAAGUGUGGAUCAGGUCUCAAAACAAAAACUCAGAGAGAAUGUGAACGUCACUGACUGGAAAGUCUUGGCUGAGGCUGUGCUAUGUCAAAUCAUUCUCUUUAAUCGAAGACGUGUAGGAGAGGCAUCCAAAUUGCUUCUUGCAUCUUAUGUGGGUCGAAAUGUGAAGCCUCUUAACAAAGAUGUGGUGACAUCUCUAAGUAAAUUGGAACUACAUUUGUGCAAUGAGUUAACUCGCAUAGAGAUCAGAGGGAAGAAAGGCAGGAAAGUACCUGUCCUCCUCACGAAGGACAUGGUUGACUCCAUUGACAUGCUGAAUGAAUGCAGGAGCAAAGUGGGCAUUGACAAAGGCAAUCCUUACGUUUUUGCUAAGGUGGGGGCUUUAAUGCACAUCCGCGGAUCGGACUGUUUGAGGAAAUUUUCACAAUCAUGUGGCGCAAAAGACCCCAAAAGCCUUACAUCAACAAAAUUAAGGAAACAAAUUGCAACUCUUAGUCAGAUCAUGAAUUUGAAGAACAAUGAACUCGACCAAUUAGCCAAUUUCCUAGGACAUGAUAUUAGAGUGCACCGCGAGUACUACAGACUCUCUGAAAAUACCAUUCAACUUGCAAAAGUCAGCAAAUUGCUUUUGUCGUUGGAAAAAGGUUCCGAUUGUUAUAAAGGAAAAUCUUUGGAGGAGAUUACAUUUAGUACAGAGGAAGCCUCAGGCAAUGAGGAUGAACAACAGUCUACCUCAAGAAAGUCUUUCGGUCGCAAGCGUCGUAUCUCAGAAACGGAAGCCUCAGGCAAUGAGGAUGAACAACAGUCUACCUCAAGAAAGUCUUUCGGUCGCAAGCGUCGUAUCUCAGAAACGGAAGCCUCAGGCAAUGAGGAUGAACAACAGUCUACCUCAAGAAAGUCUUUCGGUCGCAAGCGUCGUAUCUCAGAAACGGAAGCCUCAGGCAAUGAGGAUGAACAACAGUCUACCUCAAGAAAGUCUUUCGGUCGCAAGCGUCGUAUCUCAGAAACGGAAGCCUCAGGCAAUGAGGAUGAACAACAGUCUUCCUCAAGAAAGUCUUUCGGUCGCUCCCCUGCAGACAAACAACACAUUAUAGAAAUGUUCUCAGAAAAGAAAGCUCCUAGGAGGCCAUGGAGUAGCGAAGAGAAGAAUGCUGUAAAGAGCACGCUACGAAAAUGUUUUGCCUUGAGAAAAGUUCCUGGAAAAUCGAAUGCCAAUCAUGUCUUGAUGUGAAUCCAGUCCUUAGCUCAAGGUCUUGGGUCGAUAUUAAAAACUUUGUCCAUAAUACACUUCAGUCUAUUAAAAAGAAACUUACUUAUUUGAGGAAUACUGACUAAUGUCCUUUUAGGAUAUCAGUCUAAUAUGUACUCAAGUGUACUUUAUUUACAUGUCCCUUGAGUGAGCACUGCACUAUUUUCUUUUGUUGUUUUCUUUUAUAUUUUCUACAAACUACGCACUUCACUUAUAUAUCCUUUUUUUCAGAGGAAGUGAGCAUUUUAAAUUUCUUGGAUUUUGUUCAUAAUUUCUCCAAUAGGGCAUUUCAGUUACAUUUACAUUUUCAUACAUUUCAAAGCGAGCACAUCAUUUCACUUUAUAACAUCUACUCAUUUAUCCUUGUUCCUAUAUGUUAUGUUGUGUUGUGUUAAGUUAUGUUAUGUUGUUCUGUUUUCUGUCAAUCGCUUAUUUGAUAUGUUGAUCAAAUAAAUGGGUCGUUUUCCCAUGCUGAAGUAUUGUUUUUGGGUAUUGCUUACAUAUAUCUACACAAAAUUCACAAUAAUUAUCAUAAUUGUUUCUUGAAGAACCAUGUGACACUGAAGACUAGAGUAAUGAUGCUGAAAAUUCAUCUUUACGUCACAACAAUAAAUUAGAUGGAUAUAGGCGUACAGACAGAGGUCCUUCAUUGAUCCCCAGUAGGAAAUUGUACAGCUGUACAGAAAAGUUGAGUCUCUCAUACUAGGGUAAAGUGUUAAUAAUAAGUGACAGUAGGCAUAAAUUACCUCCGUUUUAUGUUGCACUGGGGAUGGAUGUCAAGAGCUGAACUUCUCAUUCCAGGAAGCAUAUCAUGACAGUGCAAGCCAUAAUAGUAUUUUCACUUUUUUUUCUUUUUACUAUAUGCAGCUUUGGUGAGCAGAAGAUAGGCAUACUUCUUUAAGAACAUUGAAAAAUUGUUAGUCCUACUAGGCCUACUUAUAAUGUAAUAAACACCAAAAAUAAUUAUUUACAUAUAUAAAAUAUAUUUAAACGUAAUUUAAUUAUACUUGCGUAUCCUGUCUAAAAGUUUAGGUAUAAAAACUUUUCUGUAAUUUUUAUUCACAGUUAGUGAUUUAGAGAGAAAAGCAUCAAUCAAUGGCUUGGUGCAAUUAAUGUAUCCAUGGAAACGUCCAUUAAAAAGCUUCUGCAGCAUGGCAUGGUUGGUUAGUUACAAACAAUGUUUGUUUAAAUGGUCGGUUUAAAUUAACCAAAACAAUCAAAUCACUUUUAUUUUAAAAGCAUUAAAUAUAUUUACAGCGUCAAUUACAUUCAGCAUUAAUGUUUGAUUACAUUUUUAUACUGAUAAAACCUUUGGAUAAUUCAUAUUUACUGUAUAGUAUGAUAUACGCAUUUAAAAUGCGUAUGCUAUCCACCUAGCAACAGCGUGACCUCACAAGCCUGCAUAUUUUCAUUUGUGUUUUCAAUUUCAUCGUUGAGUGUCUUCCGUAUCUAAAGUGAUUUAGGUGCUGCUGGUGCCACCUAAUGGUGAUCUAUGGCAUUCGCUUGUCGCUAUGGCCUUUAGAAUACCUGGCCCUCACUAAUGUGAAGGUCUGUCAAUGUCCUCACUAAUAUAGCUAAACCAGUAUGUGUGUGUGUGUGUGUGUGUGUGUGUGUGUGUGUGUGUGUGUGUGUGUGUGUGUGUGUGUUACCUUCUUUCACCAUGCCUACACUGAGACACUUUUGGAAACGGCAGUAUUGGCACCGAUUUCUUCUCCUUUUGUCCACGGGGCAGUUUUUACUGGCCAAACACACAUACUUUGCAUUCUUUUGCACCGUCCUCUGCAGCCACCAACCAUAUACAGGGAAAAAGAAGAGAAAGGGGGAAAAACAAUAAGCGAACAGGUCUAAACAUUUUAUUUCGUUUGAUUCCUUUACGGCUGAGAAUUAAAAAGGAAGCUUGCAGGUCAGAUUUUAAUUACAGCGUGAAAAAGCUCCAGCUCCAUCAGGAUAAUUAGAUAAAAAUUAAUUUCCCGACAUGCCUUGCCUGCAGGAGGGACAAUUUUAUUAGCGCAAGCCACUGACAAUGAAGAUCAGCGCGAAGCGUGCUGAAGCCGUUCCCGCGAGACAUCCCGCACUGCGUGAUAAAAUUGUUUGUGAAACUCGCGGGUCAGCUCACGGCACCUCGGGGUUUUGGCGGACCGCGUCUCCGCAAUAGCCCCCCUGGGAGUUGUUUUUCUCCCUGGCUGGAUAUGCGCGAUUAUUGCUGACCUUAUUAAAACGCAAUCUAAACGAUCUGCGAGCAUUCCCGCCGUCGAAACUGUAGCGAGGAGGAAAAACUUGCGCGUGACAGUGCGGUUCAAACAUCAAGUGCACGUGCUAAUCCAACAUAUUAAGC